UAGACGGGGCGUGUUUGGAACGCGGCCGCUGUCUGCGACGGUCACGGAAAGCAUCAGUGAAAAGCUCUGAGUGCAGUAAUAUACGUAUUUAUGUCAGUUACUGAGUAAAACCUCGACGCUGACAGGCCUUUUAUAUAUACACGUAUUUUAGCAUCCGCAAUACAAUUCAAAGAUGUCAAGCAAAGACCGGAUCGACGUUUUUCCUUCGAGGAUGGCUCAAACCAUCAUGAAAGCACGUCUGAAAGGAGCUCAGACUGGACGUAACCUGCUGAAGAAAAAAGCAGACGCUCUGUGUAUGCGCUUUCGGCAAAUUCUGAGGAAAAUCAUUGAGACUAAAACGCUGAUGGGAGAGGUGAUGAGAGAAGCAGCUUUUUCCUUAGCUGAAGCCAAAUUUGCUGCUGGUGACUUUAGCACUACAGUCAUCCAGAAUGUGAACAAGGCCCAAGUGAAGGUCAGGGCGAAGAAAGACAAUGUCGCAGGUGUGACUCUGCCUGUGUUCGAGCAUUACCAGGAAGGAGGAGACAGCUACGAGUUGACAGGCUUAGCGAGGGGUGGAGAGCAGCUGUCCAGGCUGAAGAGGAACUAUGCUAAAGCUGUGGAGCUGCUGGUGGAGUUAGCCUCUCUGCAGACGUCCUUCAUCACUUUGGAUGAAGCCAUUAAAAUUACCAACCGUCGUGUGAACGCCAUCGAACACGUGAUUAUCCCGAGGAUCGAGCGAACCCUCACGUAUAUCAUCACUGAACUGGAUGAGCGAGAAAGAGAAGAGUUCUAUAGGUUAAAGAAGUUUCAGGAAAAGAAGAAGCAGCUGAGGGAGAAGACUGAGCAGGAGAUGGCGCUGCGCCUGGCCAAGCUCGGGCCCAUCCCCGAACCAUCCAACGUGUUCCAAACGGAGCAAGACCCGGACCUGCUGUUCGAAUGAGCCCGGUUUGAGCAUCAGCUCCCACCACAUACACUAUUUAUUCUGUGCGCCUACCAGGCCAAGCACGCUAGAUUUUACCAUUGUGUAUAUGUUGGUGCAUAUUUUGUUUUGAGUUUUGCCUCUUUUUUUUUAAAAUUGAGCAUGUUCACAUAAUAGAAUAUAUAAAUAUAUGUACAUUGUUGGUAUAUGCUGCUAGCAAUGACUGUUCUGUGUGUGUGUGUGUGUGUGUGUGUGUGUGUGUGUGUGUGUGUGUGUGUGUGUGUGUGUGUGUGUGAAAUUAAUCAUUCCUUCAGAAAGAUAUAAUAAUGAUUAUCAUUUCAACAAGUUAAGAUGUUUAUAUGUAAUUCAUGCAGUAGUCAAAAUUGUGGUUGGUACUAUAGACUGAUGUUCUGCAGUGGAAGCUCCAGAUCAUUGAAUUACCUUGUGGUUCCUGUGUAUAAUUCUUCCUACAGCUCAAUUCAACACAGUGUCAUCUCAUUAUUAAUUCCAGUGACCCCUUAGUGUGCUGAAAUACUUGUAUAAUCCCAAUUACUGUCAUGUGUGAAAUUUAUUUUGAAUAAAAUUGUAGCUGUUCAUCA